GUCGAUAUCCUGUUGGUUGUGCUUCAUCACCACAAACGCAUAUUGACAAUUGGCCGGCAACCCAAGAGCCAGGUGCAAAGUACCUCAGGUACCUCCAUUCAUCUUAGCGUCUUACCCCGUGCUCGGAUCCCAUUGCGACCUAUCCCCCUUGCCCGCCGCUCCUUAUUUCCCCCGCCCUCCAUGUUGUAUCUUUGCCCUCAAGAUCACCUAGAUUAACACCCUCUAGCCUUUUUUUCUGUUCCCCACUAUCAUCCUUCACCUCGCCUGGCAUCGUAUAGCCACUGCCUCCUUCCCUUUUUCUGGAUGUCUUCGUCAAAACCGGACUACGAUUUCCGUUCCUCUGAGGCGAGACGUGUGAUCGGUCGAGGCGUUUUUGGAGACGGAGCAUUUGGCAUACUCGUCGAUCUAUCCUGCUCGUUGUUCACAGUCUUCGAAGAUGAGGAUAGGCUGCCUUCAGUUCGCUCCUCAAGUGGGCGACAUCGACAAUAACCUCAACCGCGCCGAUUCGUGUUUGAGCAAAGCGAACACGGACGAUCUUGAUCUUCUUGUCCUGCCUGAGCUGGCUUUCACAGGAUACAACUUCAAAUCGUUGCAGCAAAUCUCGCCCUUUCUCGAGCCAUCAGGCUCUGGCAUUACCUCGCUGUGGGCUCGAACUACGGCCCUCAAAUACAACUGCAAUGUGGUCGUUGGCUACCCAGAGAAGGGAGAUGUCUCCAACAACUGGCCUACGGGCCCGGAGUACUACAACUCUGCAAUCGUGGUCAAUGGAGAUGGGGAGACAAUUGCCAAUUACCGGAAAAGUUUCCUAUACUACACGGACGAGACCUGGGCGCUUGAGGGGAACAAUGGGUUCUAUGAGGGCUGGAUUCCUGGUCUUGGAAACACGUCCAUCGGUAUCUGUAACCCUUACAAGUUUCAAGCUCCGUGGCAUGCUUUUGAGUUUGCCUUCCAUGUUCUCGAGAAUGAAUCCAACUUGGUCAUUGUGUCUAUGGCAUGGAUGACUCGAGAGGAUGGACGCCUGUUCAGUCGGAUGCCCAAUGAACCAGACAUGGACACUUUGACCUACUGGGUCACUCGUUUGGAACCUCUCAUUCGCUCAGAUAACCAGGAGGAGAUUAUUGUUGUCUUCUGCAACCGAACUGGCAAUGAGGACGAAGCAGUUUAUGCAGGGACGAGCGCGGUUGUUGGGAUUCAGGAUGGGGAGGUCAAGAUAUACGGCCUCCUUGGCCGAGGAGAGAAGGAGCUCCUGGUUGUCGACACCAACAAUCCUCCUUACGCAAAGCUUGUUUAUCGCCCUGAGCGUGAGCGGUCGUCUACCGUGCAGUCCGAGAUGCUGCAGCCAGAUCGCCCAUCCUCAGCUGCUCCAUCCGGCUAUAGUACUCUAUCUCACAGCACCAACAUCUCCACCAGAGAAAUCUUCUUCUGUCUCGGGAUCCCCUCAGAAGUCAUCGAUGAAGUCACCAACGUCAAGAAAGGCGAAGCGGACACCAAGGAUCCAAAUACCUCCCCUUCCUACUUUUCCGCCGGGGUCGCAAUACGUAGACAGCACGGGCAGGUCGCCAAACAGCAUUAA